CAGGGACGAGCCGUGCGGAGGACGGACGCUGCUGCAGCCGCAGAGCAGACUGCUGCGAGACGCACGAGAGCAGCCAGGGCACGAAACGACCGGCGACCGUACGGCAACUUUGCAGAGACAUACAACCGACAGCCAUAAUGCGGCACAGCCCGCCAACAACCCCGGAGCUGAUGUGACUGCUCACACCCCAAAAAAGUAGGAGAGGAAGCGGCGGUCACUACCACCACCACCACCGCCUCUCCUCCCCGGCGUUUGCCUCGCAGGUCGGUCGGUUUGUCUGGAGGGUGGAGGGCGGAGGACAUGGACACGUUAAGCGUAGACGACGAUCAGAAAUGGGUACCGACACACGUUCAGGUGACGGUGCUAAAAGGCAGGGGAUUACGGGGCAAGGGCAAGCAUGGCACCAGCGAUGUGUACACCAUCAUCCAGAUUGGGAAGGAGAAAUACUCGACCUGCGUGGUGGAGAAGACCACCGAGCCGGAGUGGAGGGAGGAGUGCUGCUUCGAGCUGCAGCCCGGUGUGCUGGAGAGAGGCGGGCGGUGCGCAUACCCGGCCGGGAGCAACGAGCUCAUCCUCACCGUGAUGCACCGGGCUCUGAUCGGGCUCGACGUGUUCCUCGGACAGGCUGUGAUCCAUCUGGAUAAGGUGUUUCACGAGAGUAGAUGCCUGAAAAACGAGUGGUACAGACUCAACUCCAAGACGGGGAAGAAGGAGAAGGAGCGAGGAGACAUUCAAGUCACCGUCCAGUUCACCAGAAACAACCUGACAGCGAGCAUGUACGACCUGGUCAUGAAGGACAAGACGGGAUCCACGUUCCGCAAGCUGAAAGAGCGCAUAAAGGGGAAGAGGAGAGCCAGCGAAGAGGACUCCUCGUCGGCCAUCCUACCGAGCGGCUACGGGUCCGUGUACCGCAUGCGCCAGCGGUUGCCCAGCGACGGAGGAGGGGAGGAGGAUUACGAGGACGAUGAGGGGGGCGAGGCCCGUCGGAGCAAGAUGAGGAACUUUUUCCUGAGAGGGAAGCUGAGGAAGUCGUCGGACACUCGCUCCAGCACAUCACUAGGUUCAGAGAGCAGCGAGUCGUCUCGGGGAGGGAGUCUCAGCCCCACAGCUGGAAUCAGCGUGGUGGUCUCGGACCUCUCCAACUCGCCCAGUAACAGCAGUAACCUGACAGCAGAUAACAGUCCAGAGCACACAGCUAACACAUCACCCAGGUCGUCUUCUCUCAGAUGUGAGUUCGGUGAUGAGACCGGUGAGAUCACCAUCGCAGUGCCUCAGCCCACUGUGUGCGUUAACGGAAGCCAUGCUUACAAAGUCCAACACCUGGACCCAGGCUCAGGAAAACCUGCAGAUUCUUUAGGCGUGGGACUGUUGCAGAAGUCGUUGCCUCUCUCCAUGUCUCUACAGAACCUCAGCCCGCGAGCCGCCACAGACCUCCCCAAAGGCACGGUCGGAGACGGGCGCCGCUGGUCUUUUGACAAACCCGGCGAGGAGGAGAAAGCUGCCAUAGCGGCGGCCCUGGAGCAAAGUGGCCCCAUGGUGGGUGACGAAGAGGAGUGCUUGGAACAGACUGCUCCGCCCUCCUCCUCUUCCUCCACGGCAGAGUCGGAGAGUCAGGGGAAAAAGCAGAGGAGGAACUUGUUCUCCCACGGGAAGAGCGAGUCUGCGGGGAAAAGGACGAGUCAGUCCAAGGAUGAGUCUGAACAGGCCCUCGCUGCCACUGAGGAGAAACACAGGGGAUGGUUCGGAUCAAAGGACUCACACAGCAAACCUAGCCCCCACCCAGUGAAGCCCCUGACCACUGCCAUGCUGGCUGAGGAGAAGCGGACUGAAGGCCGAUCAGUGCUGGCCACCGGCCUCGAGAAGCUCAAGUCCACCAUCCAUCCGGGGAGGAGCAGCCAUCUCAGCGAGCAGGAGACGGAGAGGAAGAAGUCUCUGACAGAAGGAGCGGGCUCGUACUACCACCUCAACCACAGCGAACUGGUCGCCCUGCUGGUGCAGCGUGAGGCGGAGCUGGAGAGGCAGAAGGCGGAGUUCAAGCAUCAGAAAGCUCUGCUGGCCAAGCGGGAGGUGGAGCUGAGGAAGCUGAAGCCGCAGGUCCGAGAUCUGGAGGACUACAUUGACACGCUGCUGGUUCGCAUCAUGGAGCAGAAACCCACUCUCCUGCAAGUGCGCUCCAAGUUGAAGUGA